UGAAGGACUCUUGUUUUGAAAUGUAGUCGAACGCUUAUGUAUCAGGAAAUGGAAUCCUGAAAUAAUUGCGCGAAAAGCAACGAAAUGACAGCGCGAGUUAGAAUGGCUGAAAAUGGAGCACAGUUGGUAAGCAGACUUGAGGGGCGACAGUCAUUGAGGGACAUUGAACCCAAUAUAUUUCCUGUCGACGGCGGUCCAGGUCAAGGUGAUGUCGUGGAGUUUCAUGGCAUGGAGGGCACAGGUAAGACAGAAACCUUGUACCACAUGAUCAUCCGCUGCAUCAUGCCAGUGCAGAAUGGAGGUCUAGAGGUCGGGGUGGUCUUCAUUGACACGGACUACCACUUUGACAUGCUGCGCUUAGUGAGCGCUCUGGAGGGACGUUUGUCUGAAGACUUAAAGGAGGGUGACUGCUCUGAAAAUGAACCUGAGGAGAGGGUACGUUCAUGUCUGCGCAGGCUGUCUGUAGUGCACUGCAACAGCUCAGUACAGCUCCUCCUAACCCUGCACUACCUCGAAAACACUUUCUCCAGCCAGCCUUCCCUCGGCCUGCUGGUCAUUGACAGCAUCUCUGCAUUCUACUGGAUGGACAGAUUUAAUGGCGGCGAGAGCACUGUCUGUCAGGAGGCUAACCUAAGAAAGUGUGCCGAGUUGCUGGACAGACUCCGUAGAAACUAUGGCAUUGUGAUUUUCGCCACCACUCAUGCCAUCAUGAGGAACUAUGGAUCUGAUCCAGGGGUGUCAGAUAUGCCCGGCUCAUCAUCAUCAUCAUCAUUAUCGUCAUCUCGCAGGUGGAGGUCAGCUGAAAGCGCUACAGACUUUGACAAGCCCUACCUGUGCAGAGCAUGGCAGAGAAUAGUAACUCACAGGAUGCUGUUCACUAAAAGUCAUGUGUCAAAAGACCACAAGCAGGUUUUCUCCACAGCAUGUACCAGCAUAAUGACCAAAGGUGUCAAAAGAUGCUCGUUUCAUGUCAUGGAAGACGGUAUUAAAUUUGUAUGUGACAAGUGAGCAUGUACUGGAAGUCUCAGCACAGGACACUUGAACUUUUGGGUUGUCACAAUUAUGAGGGCUACUUGGCGAAAGAAAAUUUUCCUAAAAAUGUCCACUUAUUGUCUGUCAGUGUGUUUAAUGAUCAGUGCAAUACUUUUUCAGUUUCCUUACUAUGUUAAUGCAGAAAGCUACUUUGAUUUAUGGUUUAGUUGUUAGAUUAAUGGCCAAUGAAGACAUUACUGUACCUUUCUUGGAAAAAAUAAAACAAAUUUUUGUCAUUCAUUAAAGAA